UGUUGUUUAUUGAUUAAUACAGUGAGAGUGUUAUAUAAGCACAAUUAAAAAAUAUGUAACUAAUGCAAUAUUAAAAUCUAAGGUAACUGAUAAUAUUGAACAUAAAAUUUCUUGAAAGUGACUGAUAAUUUGAUAGUUGUUUAUUUAGAGAGAUUACCAAUUAUUUACCCUAAUCUAGGAUAUUUACAAAACCCUUAGUUAAAGGCAAAUCUUCAUUUAACAAACAGAAACACAUCACGGAAAUUAGCGUAUCAAGCUUUAACGGUCGAAUUUUUUUUCAAAAACUCCUACUCCUCUUACCUCGAGCUUUUCCGUGCGAUCCCAGAUUUUGCGAACUCUCAUUUUCUUCUAGAAUCCAAGCCCACAAAAUCUACCACGCUGCUUCAGGGCUUUAACGAAGAAAGGAUUUUAUUACUGCUCAUGAAUUUUAAUUUUCAGGCAACAUCAUUUGAAUUUGCAUGAAACCUUUUUCUGUCCAAUCCACUGCGACGUGUAUGUCACACACUAAAUGUACGAUUGAGCUUGGUUUUUGAAAGACAUUCGAAAUGAGUAAAUUUGCCUUGCAUAAAUUCCUUUCGUGAUAAAUAAAAACUUGCACCAAAUCCCCCCUAUUUUAUUUGUCUACAUUCCUAUCCAUUGUCAUUCAAUCGUUUAUGUUUUUUUAAAUUGAAGGGAAAAAUUGAAGAGUUACCAUUUACAACAUUUGUUAUGAAUACAUAAUAGAGAAGCGAGAUGUGUGCAAAGAAAAAUAAUAUAAAGGAGGUUUUACACAAUAAAAUAAAUAGAGGGGGAUUUGGUACUAGUCUCCCUUAUCACUGGCGUUUUUGUGUCGUUUACCCCUACUUAUUUGGAGGAAUUGUACCUUAUUUAAAUAUAUCAUUCUGUCAAAUUUUUCUUCUUCUAUUUUUAUUUUCGUUUUGUUUUACUUGGAGUAGAAGUUUAUUGGAUUUAUAAAAGGUCGAUGGUGAUUUUGGUUGGCAAGUAAACGGUCCUUACGAUCGUUUUACCAGUUUCUGGUUUGUAUGUCAGGUUGAUUUGAAAAACCUCGCAUGUGGUUUUGGUAGUAAUAACCCUAUCUUCUUACAUAAAUGUUUUAUUCUUUUCCUCUGAACAGAAUUGCUUAUACCAUUUUGCAUUGCCACUUGUUACUGCUGUAUUCAUGUGAAAGUGAUUCCAUUGAAACAUAAACCAUGUAUUUUCGGAUACUUAUUGCAUUGGCUUAUAUGGACAGGUGAAGUUGCCUUAAAAUGUUGACAAGUAAAAACAAUCUGCUGCUUUCACGAUUGGACACAACAUGUGGAUCUCUUCUCUAUGAAUUACAGUUAAUAUGGGAUGAGGUUGGGGUGUCUGAUGCUGAAAGGGAAAGAAUCUUGCUUGAAAUCGAACAAGAAUGCUCGGAAGUCUUCAGAAAGAAAGUCGACCAUGCAAACAGGUCUCGAGCUCAGCUGAGGCAGGCAAUUGCUGAUACUGAAGCAGAGCUUGCUACUAUUUGCUCUGCAAUGGGAGAGAGACCAGUGCACAUUAGGCAGUCCGAUCAAAGCUCUGAAAGCUUGAAGGCUGAACUCAGAGCCAACCUUCCACAGAUAGAGGAAAUGAGGAAGAGAAGAACCGAAAGGAAGAAUCAAUUUAUUGAAGUCCUAGAAAAUAUUCAGAGUAUUAAGAAUGAAAUUAAUAGGUCAGAUGGGUUUAAUUUAUCUGACUCAGCAAUCGAUGAAACUGAUCUUUCUAUGAAGAAGCUUGAAGAAUUGCACCGAGAGUUGCAGGGACUACAGAAAGAAAAGAGUGAACGUUUGGCGCUAGUACAGGAUGGCCUGAACUUUUUGUACUCACUGUGUGUUGUGCUUGGUUUCGAUUCCACGAAAAUGGCCAGUGAGAUUCAUCCGAGUUUAGGCGAAACUGAAGGUUCAAAAAGUAUUAGUAACAGCACAAUAGAUCAACUGGGGACUGUUAUACGAAAACUAAGAGAGCUCAAAUUACAGCGAAUGCAAAUGUUACAAGAUCUUGCGGCUUCGUUAUUAGAGCUUUGGAACUUGAUGGACACUCCAACUGAAGAGCAACAAAUAUUUCAGAAAGCUACUUGUAAACUAGUUGCUUCCGAAGAUGAGAUAACAGAGCCUGAAAUGCUUUCUCUUUGUUAUAUUAAUUACGUAAAGGCAGAAGUUUCUCGAUUGGAAGAUUUGAAAGCAAGCAAAAUGAAGGAACUUGUUUUGAGAAAGAAGGCGGAGCUCGAAGUUAUUUGUAGGAAGACACGUCUUAUUCCAGAUAUUGAUGGAGUGGAAACAUCUAUAGAUGCUAUUGAAUCUGGAGCUAUUGAUGCCGCUUGUGUACUCGAACAAAUUGAGCUGCAAAUAGCUAGAGUUAAAGAGGAGGCUCUCAGUAGGAAAGAGAUCCUCGAAAAGGUUGAGAAGUGGAUAUCUGCAUGUGAAGAGGAGAGCUGGCUCGAGGAGUAUAAUAGGGAUGAUAAUCGCUAUAAUGCUGGGAGAGGUGCUCAUCUUACACUAAAACGUGCCGAAAAAGCACGUGCAUUGGUCAAUAAACUUCCUGCAAUGGCGGAUACGUUAGCUUCAAAAAUCAUUGCUUGGCAAAACGAGAAUGGAAUAAAGUUUACUUAUGAUGGCGUUUGCCUUCUUUCUAUGCUUGAAGAGUAUAAGGUUCUAAGGCAAGAAAAAGAACUCGAGCGGAAAAGGCAGAGGGACCAGAAAAAACUUCAAGGACAAUUACUAGCAGAGCAGGAAACUCUUUACGGCUCAAAGCCUAGUACAAGCAAUAGAAGACUUUCUCUCGGUGUGCCUAUGGUACAAACUCCUAAGCGUGAUGUACGUCCUUCUAUGAAAGCUACUCCUAAUACGCGCAAGGCCAAAACCAAUGUGGUUAAAAAUCGGGACCGUCUUAAAGAUGAUGGAUUGUCAGCCCUUUCUUCGGGUAGGCGACGAUUGGACAUGACGGGUCUUCCUGUGAAACAGAACUCUCUCAACUCAACAAACGCUCAUGAAAAACGGGAGUUGCCAUUGACGAGAAAGCCAUUCUCUCCCAUUUCUUCGAAGAAUUCGUCUAAGCCCAACGCAGCAAAUAAUUUGGAAGACGCGAACAAAAAACAGAACGAGAUGUUGAUGCGCAAGACGCAACUUAUAGUUAGCAACAACAACAACAACAGCACACCGUUAACUCCUCCUCGUAGGAUUUGUUCCACUGCAGAUGUCGAAAACAGAACACCUCCCCAAAUAAAAACAAUUAUUGAUCUACCUAAAACGCCCUCGACAGUAUCUGUUCCAAUGCAAACUGCUGUAACACCGGUGCCUUUUACACAGACGACGGUCGAAGAGGAGAUUGAGUACUCGUUUGAGGAGAAACGGGCUCGAUUUGUUAUGCCUAGAUAACAUGUGAUGCAUGUGGUAUAACUUUAGCAAUAAAGUGUUGAUCUUGGCGCCACUAGCUUUUUAAGUUCAAACAUUUUAUUUAUAUCUUGGAUUUUAUGACUACAAAGUAAAUUAUGCUUUGCUUUUUUUUUUU